ACGGAAGAUCAGAGCGAUAAGUCAGGUAUCUAGAAGGUGACACGUGAGGAGCACGUGAAGCUUGCGUGUAGACAGUCACAGUCACAGAUGGCAUAUUCUCAGAAAUCCUCAUUGUUGACUAAUGUACCUCUGAUAAGUCCCACUUACCAUUUUCUCCUGAACUCUGUAGAAAGAUCCGAAUUGAAUAUUUCGGACCCGAAACCUGACCCGCUUUGAUGGGCUGGAUUCCGUGUCCGUGCUGGGGAACCAACGACGAUGAAAACGCCGGCGAGGUGGCGGAUCGUGAUCCGGUGCUUCUAGUAUCUGGAAUUGGAGGCUCUAUUCUGCAUUCUAAGAAGAAGAAUUCAAAGUCUGAAAUUCGGGUUUGGGUCCGAAUAUUUCUAGCUAACCUUGCCUUUAAGCAGAGCCUCUGGUCUCUCUAUAAUCCCAAAACUGGUUAUACAGAGCCGUUGGAUGAUAAUAUUGAAGUAUUGGUCCCUGAUGAUGACCAUGGACUCUAUGCAAUUGACAUUCUAGAUCCCUCUUGGUUUGUAAAGCUUUGUCACUUGACGGAGGUUUAUCACUUUCACGAUAUGAUAGAAAUGCUGGUUGGAUGCGGUUAUAAGAAGGGGACUACAUUAUUCGGUUAUGGUUACGAUUUCCGUCAAAGCAAUAGGAUCGAUCUACUUAUACUAGGUCUGAAGAAGAAGCUGGAAACUGCAUAUAAACGUUCAGGGGGGAGAAAAGUCACUAUCAUCUCCCAUUCAAUGGGAGGACUUAUGGUUUCAUGUUUCAUGUAUCUCCAUCCGGAGGCAUUUUCCAAGUAUGUAAAUAAAUGGAUUACAAUUGCAACACCUUUCCAAGGAGCACCAGGGUGCAUCAAUGAUUCAAUCUUGACUGGAGUGCAAUUUGUGGAAGGGUUAGAAAGUUUCUUUUUUGUGUCACGUUGGACGAUGCACCAACUGUUGGUCGAAUGCCCAUCUAUAUAUGAGAUGAUGGCAAAUCCAGACUUUAAGUGGAAAAAGCAACCAGAGAUUCGAGUUUGGCGUAAGAAAUCUGAAAACGACGUUGAUACUUCUGUAGAACUGGAAUCAUUUGGCUUAAUCGAGAGUAUUGAUCUAUUCAACGAUGCAUUAAAAAAUAACGAGCUAAGCUAUGGUGGGAAUAAAAUAGCUUUGCCCUUUAACUUUGCUAUCCUCGACUGGGCUGCUAAGACAAGAGAAAUUCUCAACAAAGCGCAACUUCCUGAUGGAGUGUCCUUCUAUAACAUAUAUGGAGUGUCACUUAAUACACCCUUUGAUGUUUGUUAUGGCACAGAGACUUCUCCGAUAGACGAUUUGUCUGAAAUAUGUCAAACUAUGCCUGAGUAUACAUAUGUAGAUGGAGAUGGAACUGUCCCUGCUGAAUCAGCUGCAGCUGCUCAGUUUAAAGCAGUUGCUAGCGUAGGAGUUUCGGGUAGCCACCGCGGGCUUCUCCGUGAUGAAAGAGUGUUUGAGCUCAUUCAACAAUGGUUAGGAGUUGAGCCCAAGAAGGCUAAACGGAAGCAUUUAAGGACUCACAAAGUAGUUGAUUCUGGUUAAGUCCAAAGCCUAGUAAACUAAAAGAUCUUGUUUGAAUAAGUUAAAAUGAAGAAAUCGUUAUUCAAAGUGUGGUUGUAAUUAUUUCUGCUAUUUUUAUUGUACGUUGUGACAUAUGUAUGUGCAUGAAAUUGUAGUAGAAAGAAAAGUAAUCUCAUCAAAAAUUAAUUGGGAGAAGAAUAAAAACUAGUGAUCAUACCUU